UCGCAUUUUCCUCCUCCCCUCGGGAAGUAAAGUCCACUGGCAGGAGUGACCGCGUUGGCUCCAGCCUCACAGACUUAGAAUGCUCGCACGUGUUCACAGCGGAAAGAAAGGCCUUUAAAAAAGAGUAACUUUGUAGGAAAUUGUAUAUUUUUCUUCCCAGAUUGCCUCAUCGGUGGAUUCCUUUGCUGAAUACCACAUCAAAGGGACCAACCAUCAUGGUGCAGAGGGCAAGGAAGGCCCGACCUUACACUAAAGCCCUGGAUGGAGGUUGGGGAUGGAUGAUUGUAUUUCAUUUCUUCCUGGUAAAUGUGUUUGUGAUGGGGAUGACCAAGACAUUUGCAAUUUUCUUUGUGGUUUUCCAAGAAGAAUUUGAAAGCACCUCAGAGCAAACUGGUUGGAUUGGAUCCAUCAUGUCAUCCCUUCGUUUUUCUGCAGGUCCCCUGGUUGCCAUUAUGUGUGACAUAACUGGAGAGAAAAUUGCCUCCAUUCUUGGGGCUUUCCUUGUUACUGGUGGAUAUCUGAUCAGCAGCUGGGCUACUAACAUCCCCUUUCUUUGUGUGACUAUGGGACUUUUACCUGGUUUGGGUUCUGCUUUCCUGUACUACACAGCUGCUAUGGUGACUAUCAAAUACUUCAAAAAACGAUUAGCUCUUUCUGCAGCUAUUGCCCGUUCUGGGAUGGGACUGACAUUUCUGUUAGCACCUUUUACAAAAGUCCUGAUAGAUGUGUAUGACUGGACAGGUGCCCUUACAUUACUUGGAGGGAUCACAUUGAAUUUGGUGCCUUCUAGUAUGCUCCUAAGACCCAUUCAUAUCAAAAGCGAGAACAAUUCUGAUAUUAAAAAUAAAGGCAGCAGCUUGUCUCCAAGUAGUCUGGGGGCAGUGUGCACAACAGAAACGUCAUCCUGCGAUGAAACACAAGAGGCCACCAUCAGGGACAGUGCUCUGCAGAAGGCUGGACAACCUGGUACAAGUUUAAGAGUCUCACAAAAUAAAAACAAAGAGCUCAACCAUGAGCCUAAUGGGGACAGUUAUGAGAAAGAGGCUAUUUCAUGGAGCUGUAAACAAAAAGUCUUUGACAUGUACCUUUUAAAAAACCCUUUCUUCUACAUAUUUACCUGGUCUUUCCUCCUCAGUCAGUUGGCAUAUUUCAUCCCUACUUUUCACCUGGUGGCCAGAGCCAGAACACUGGGGAUUGACACCAUGGAUGCCUCCUACCUCAUUUCUGUAGCCGGUAUCACUGAGACGGUCAGUCAGAUAAUCGCUGGAUGGGUUGCUGAUCAAAACUGGAUCAAGAAGUAUCAUUACCACAAGUCUUACCUCAUCCUCUGUGGCAUCACUAACCUGCUUGCUCCUCUGGCCACUACAUUUCCACUACUUAUGACCUAUACCAUCUUCUUUGCCGUUUUCGCUGGUGGUUACCUGGCAAUGAUACUUCCUGUACUGGUUGAUCUGUCUGGGAAUUCUAGAGCACAUCAGUUCUUGGGACUUGCCAGUUUCUUUGCUGGGAUGGCUGUCCUUUCUGGACCACCGAUAGCAGAUUUUAUUUAUUUAUUCAUGAGAGACACAGAGAAAGUGGCAGAGACAUAGGAAGAAGGAGAAGCAGGCUCCAUGCUGGGAGCCCAAUGUGGAAUGUGGAACUUGAUCCCGGGACUCCAGGAUCACGCCAGAUGUGUGUUGGGUCUUAAAACCAAUUUGUUGGGUCAUGAUCUUUAAAAUUUUUUUAAUGAAGAAGAAUAGACUAGGGGCACCUGGGUGGUACAGUCAGUUGAGCACCCAACUCUUGGUUUCAGCUCAGGUCAUGAUCUCAGGGUCCUGGGAUGGAGCCCCACGUUAGGCAACAUGCUCUGCAGGGACUCUGCUUUUCUCUUUCCCUCUGUCCCUUGCCCCUGCUCUCUCGCUAUCUUAUUUAAAAAAAAGAAAAAGAAUAGACUACAACAGAACAGCUUAAAAAACACCGCAUCACUUUAUUUUAAAUUUUUAGUUCAUACACACACACACACACACACACCUGUGUAAUAUAAAGUAUAUGUGAUAUCAAACACACAUUUCUUACAGUCAAUGAGUCAAAAAAAAAUUUACAAUCCUUUUAUUACCCAAUGUCCACAAUACCCUAGGUACUAUAUAAGGAGAGCUCAUGAAAAGAAUUUUUAAACACUAAUUCUGAGAAUAUUAUCUAGGCAUCAUAAAUUGUAUAAGUUCUACAAAAUAGUCAAAGGAAAUGAUAAGGCUGAUGCUGAUAGCUUAUAUAAAGAUUUUUAGUCUGGGAGUUGCUCACAGUAUCUUAAGAUUAUAAUAAUUAAAUAUAAAAUUCAGUUAAAUUUCCUUUUUUAUACCAUGAUCUCUCACCGACAGCAAGGCUAAGCAUCUUGUUAAAGGGAGAAACUUCAGUAAGUCCUUACUCAUGUUAAGUCAUUCCUCAGUGAAACGACAAAGAGAAUUUUACAAAGGCCAUUAGACUUGUUCCUAACUUCUGACUCCAGCAGCAAGGACCAAAGAAACAUCAGAGAUGUUGAUUUACAGAUUGACUCAGCUCUCAACAGGUAUGGGCAGUCACUUUAUCGCCUUCAGCUUUAACUAAAUCCAAAGUCUUACUGGUUAUAAAGUAUUAAAUUCUCAACCAAAUUUAGAUUUUCAGAACUGCAGGAGAUGCUCAUUUUGUACUUACCUAGAUCUGUUAUUAUCAAAUUGCAAAACCUGAAAUUCCUAGAAAAGAUUACAGGCAUAUUACAGGCAUAGGAAUCUAGCAAACAGUAAGACUUUUCACAAUAACCCUCAGUUAAAACACCAGUUAAAAACUGUAACAUCAAUUACAUGAACAGUAUUUUCUCCUUCCUGUAUGGAAAUGAAAAAAGAAAAACAAGUUAGUCCUACACAGCAUAUUUUAAUAAUUCAAGGAAAGAAAAAAAAAAGCAUAAGAAACCCAUAGGAAUCAUAUGACUGAGUUUUUAAAAAAUACUUUUCUUUUAAAAAAUGUAAAUAGAGCAUACAGGCAAGACCUUCACAAACCUUGAUUAAAUAUGGUAAGAAACAUAGGGGCAACAACAUGUAUCAGAUCUCAAAUGAAAAUAACAGACCUGGACAGAAAUGGAAAGAAGUAAAAAAAUUACGCCCCACACCCAGUCUGCUUCUUCUACCCCACAGCCCCUCCUAUUCCUAACCCUGUGACAAAUUCAGUGUUAGUUUCCUGACCUAGAGUAGUCAACAGACCUAAGUGUAGGUCAAAUGUCACUGCUCAUCCAACCCCAACUGCUAUUUUUUGCUGGUAGAUGACAUCUAGAGCUACAAGUUGGCCCAGACGGAAGCCUUGGAAGAUUGUAGAAAAAUAAAAAGUACUAAUGUUUUAAAACUUUACUAUAUUUGUAGUUAAUCCCUGUUAACAAAAAUGAACCUGCAAAAAGCACUAUAAAUACAAAAAUCAUGCCCUGGGCAAACCAAGCAUAUAAUCAUAUUCCCUGACAUAUAAGCAGGAAUGUGAAAUUUCUAAUCUUAUAUCCAACACAUUUGACAUGUGAGCUCAAAAACGCUAAAGGCUCAGUUUCACUUAAAAACAUCACCAUCGGGGAUCCCUGGGUGGCUUGGUGUUUUGGCGCCUGCCUCUGGCACAGGGCACGAUCCUGAAGCCUCGGGAUUGAGUCCUGUGUCAGGCUCCCGGCAUGAAGCCUGCUUCUCCCUCUGCCUGUGUUUCUGCCUCUCUCUCUAUCAUGAAUAAAUAAAUAAAUCUUAAAAAAAAACAAACAAAAAAAACAGCACCACCACCACCAAGGUGCCUAUAAAACAAAACUGAAUACAGUUCCCCUCUCUUCCACUGCCAAUGGAUGAAUGCCUAUAUCACGCUAAUAUAUACAUUUUAGAUAUAUUUAAAAUCAAUCAUAAAUAUAACCUGAAAAUGCUCUUAAACUACCACCAGUUAAUUAUUUGAUUAUAAUUCAGUAUUCAUUCAAUAAUCAUCAAGCAAUUAGCACAGCGCUCUCCUAGCUGCUAUAGGGAACACAGAAGACAGAAGUCAUUCUGUUAAUGUUCUUCUACAGUGCCUAGGGUCAUGGUGCAGCACUGUCACAUAAACUGCCAGAAAUUAAUACUAAGGACAAUGGUUUAGAGCCUCUAAAACUAAGAAUUAUUAGAAUAUAUAUUCUUUCUCGACUUCAUUAAUUGAAAAUCUGGUUAAGUCACUAUAAUUUAGUUAAUAUGAAAAUGAGUUAACUCUGUUUUACCUUUAUUUUUUAUUUUUUUGAGAUUUUAUUUAUUCAUGAGAGACACAGAGAGGGAGAAGCAGGCUCCUUGCAGGGAGCCUAAUUUGGGACUCUAUCCCAGGACCCUAGGAUUAACUGAGCCACCCAAGCGUACCUGGAAAGCCAUUUCUUAACACUGAACUAUAAGUUGAUUCUAUUCCAAUUAAGUUAAAUAGUUUCUAAAGGAGAAGUGCAUCUCCCUCGUGCUGUUAAUUGUUAACCUCACACCACAUCAACAAUACCAUGAGGGAAACUGGUAAUCUUACACUAACUCAUCUGUGUUUUACAAUGGCUAAAAUGGAAGUUCACCCAUCUAAGCUGGUUUCUUGUUCCAUUAACCCAGAUAAGGUCAUCUCCUCAUGAAAUGGUCACUCCUUCUCUCUAUUCUAUCCUCAUUUCAGAUACAACAUGAAACAUAUUCCACCUGUUGCUCAGUCCACCUUCUACCAACCAUGUCCACUAUAGUUUUAUUAUCUUGGCCUAUCAGCUGAAAAUUUCUCUAAGACUUGAAAUUUUAUUUGGAAAAAUAUAAAACAGCUCAACCUUUUGAUCUGCUAUAAAUCUACUUUGGAGGCUGGGGUAGGUAGAGGUAAGAAGGCAGAGCAGACUUCUCUGUCCUCUAAAUCCUGGGGAAUAUAUUAUAUCCUAAAGAAGCAAAAGAAAAUCAUACAGAUUAGUUAUUCUGUGAUUAUUUUCCCCAUAAACAAUAAUGCCCCCCAAAAUUGUAGUUUCAGUAUUCCUCAGAUUGAUGAAUUCCUACAGAAACAUCAAAAAUAAAUUCUAUAUAGUGCUCUACUGUGGUUAAAAAGAGGGCAGGGUGGGGUAGCCUUUCCUUCACAAAGCAAAAAAAAAAUCAAGCUUCAAAAUCCUAACACACAGCACGAUCCUUUUAAUGAAAUUCAUAGCAUAGAGCAAAUACUUACAGCACUCUUGGUAAAUCUUACUUAUGUGUGGACUUUAGAGAGCUGCUGUCUUAAAAGGCAGUAAGGUUUGGGACACCUGGGUGGCUCACUUGAGCAGCUGACCCUUGGUUUUGGCUCGGGUCACAGUCUGGGGUUGUGAGAUCAAGCACUGCAUGGGGCUCUGCACUCAGCACAGACUGCUUGUCCCUCUCCCUUCCUCUCCCCCUGCUCUCUAAUAAUUAAAAAAACAAAAAACAAAAAACCUUAGAAAAAGGCAGUGAGGUUUAAAUAUGCUAAAACCAUGUUUCCCAAGAUUUUUCCCAUGAUGGCCGUAUAGAAAAUGUUUAUAUAGUAUACCCUAAAAUGAAAAGGCUGCUAAUAGCCAGCCAACAGGUCCAGUGACUCAGAUGACUAAAGAUCAUUUGUAUUUGUACACCUUGGAAGUCUGCCACUAUGCCCCAGCCCAACGGCUGGAAGUUCUAAUUCAACACUGGCUAGUCACUUAUGGAAUUCUCAACCACUAAAUUGAACUACAUUCAAGGAACUUGGGAAUUAAAGGGCCUGCUAGGUAUAUUUCAAGUUUUAACAAGAUGACCAAUAAUAAAAUUAGAGUAGUAAUCCUAAUAAAAAGGAUUCAUGGGGCGCCUGGGUGGCUCAGUCAGUUAAGUGUCCAACUCUUGAUUUCAGGUCAGGUCAUUAUUGUGGGGUUAUGGGAUCAAACCCUGCUUCAGGCUUCAUGCUCAGCAGGCAGUUGGCUUGAGUUUCUCUCCCUCUGUCCCUCCCCCUGCUCGAAUGCUCUCUCUUUAAAAUAAAGUACAUCUUUUUUUUUAAAGAUUUUAUUUAUUUAUUCACGAGAGAGACACACACACACACGCACACAGAGAGGCAGAGACACAAGCAGAAGGAGAAGAGGCUCCAUGCAGGGAGCCCAACGUGGGACUUGAUCCCAGAUCCCAGGAUCAGGACCUGAGCCGCUGCUGAGCCAUCCAGACGUCCCAAAUAAAGUAAAUCUUAAAAAAAAAAAAAAAAAGCAAAAAAAAAAAAAAAAAGAAGCUCAACAAUCUAGUUCUGAGAUCAGAGGUAUUUCUUUAUUUCUUUCUUAGGAUGUUACACUCAUUUUUAAAUACCCAUGGCUUUGCCCAUAGAAUGACAGAAUAAUUUAAAAGUGUUGGCUUUAAAAAAAAAUAAAUUUAGAAUCCUAUGUUAAAUAUCAAGUUUGAGGGAUCCCUGGGUGGUGCAGCGGUUUGGCGCCUGCCUUUGGCCCAGGGCGCGAUCCUGGAGACCCGGGAUCGAAUCCCACAUCAGGCUCCCCGUGCAUGGAGCCUGCUUCUCCCUCUGCCUGUGUCUCUGCCCUCUCUCUCUCUCUCUCUCUCUCUCUCUCUCUCUCUGUGACUAUCACUUGCAAAACUGUUUAUGGAAGCUGACCCCUAUCUUUUUAGCUGUUUUAUAUUAUCACAAGACAUAUUAUUAGACAUUUCUGCUUAAAAUAGGGUUGUAGCCAUAGACAUAAAAAAAUAAUUUGGAAUGUAAUUUUACUGUACAUAAGAACUGACUGGGUCACCCAUGAAUUAUGCUUAAGGGAAGUCAAUGAAUCUGCUCGAUUAACAUGCAUCUCAGAUGAAUCUGAGGCAAGUAGUUUGUAAACACUGAGGAAAAGCUUACAAGGGCACUUUAGCUUAGGCAGUCUUUUUUUUUUUUUUUAGCUUAGGCAGUCUGUACCAGCUGCCAGUGUCCUAUUCCUCAGACUGCUGGCUACAGACAGUAAUACUCAGCAUGCACUGAACACUUAGAUGGAUGCACACUCUUCUGGAUUAUGGUUAAUUACAUUAUCUUGGCUUUAUCAUUCACAGUGCUUUUGCUAGGACCACAAAGAAACCCCGUCCUUUGAAUGCCAACUUACGUGUUUACAUUUAAAGCAGUUAGAAUAUGAUAGGUUCUCUACCAAACAACGAUUUCCUUUAAAAAUAUACACUCAAGAGCCUUAAACUGUUUAGGGCUGAAAGUGCAUUUGUACACAGCUUUUCUAUAUUAUUACCAAAAAAGCACAGAGAUCUAAUAAAAUCAGACCAAAUUAGAGUCUCUUUUACUUUCAGUGGUAGAAAAAGGCUGAUCAUUAACCAAAUACAGUAGAUGUUUCAAUACAAAUGAAGCCCUGAACUUAACUUACUUAGUAGUCAUGUAAAUCUAAGCUUGAUUAUGACAGCUAAUAGUUCAUAAAACAAUAAUAUGACAUAGCCCUAGAUGCUACACUUCAUUCAUAUUUGCUAAUUUUAUAAAUAUAAAUAUAAACUAAAUACUCAACUGUAUGAUUAAUCUACUGAAUGGCAAAUGGAUCUUAGAAUUCUAAAAAUAUGCUAAUAUCUCAGUUAUCAAGUAUGAAUAAGAAAAAGAUUUACAUUUUUUUUUUUUUUUUAAUUUGAGAGAGAGAGCAUGGCAGGGCGCGGGGAGCGGCAGAGGGAGAAGUAGACUCCCCCUUGAGUAGGGGGGCCCGACAUGAGGUUCAAUCCCAGGACCUGGAUAUCAUGACUUGAGUCCGAGACAGACAUCCAACCAACUGAGCCAUUCAGGCGCUCCAAGAGAAACAGAUUUAAAACUAAUCAUUUCAUUAAAUUUUGCAUGGAAAUACGUGGAGAGUUCUAAAAUACGCUAAAUAAUUCCCUGUCCUGGUAAGAAAAUAUAUUAAAUAUGUUUUAAUCUUUAA